GCAGCUCAAUUGGGAUGAUGCAAUAAAUUUAUCCAGGCAACAUCUAUUGCCUGUGAAGAUACCCCUAUACACAGUAUCAAAAUUUUCGACAUACAGCUUAAUUAAACAAAACUACUUAUAAGUAUUUACGAUUUUACAUAGACUUUUUUUUUUAAAUCUUCGUCACAUUGAAAUGAACGACAAAACUAUUAAAUUGUUGGUUAUCGGAGAAAGUGGAGUUGGAAAGUCAAGCCUCAUUCGUCGAUUUGUUGAAGAUAAAUUUGAUGACAAUCACGAUGUAACUAUUGGCAUGGAUUUCAAAAGCAAAGUUAUAAAUAUUGAUGGCCUUGAAUAUAAAUUAGCGCUUUGGGAUACUGCAGGUGCUGAAAGAUUCCGAAGUCUCACUCCCAGCUUUUAUAGAAAGGCGUUUGGAGCUGUAUUAGUGUAUGACAUCACUAACCGCGAAUCAUUAACCAAAUUAGAAGCGUGGCUUACAGAGCUUGAAAAUUAUAGUGACAAUCCAAACAUCGUUACUAUAGUAGUAGGAAAUAAAGUCGAUAAAGAACGUGUUAUUAGCCGUGAAGAAGGUUUAAAAUUCGCUCGAAAACAUAGAGCUCUUUUUCUUGAGGCGUCAGCAAAGGGUGAUCAAUUUGUUGCAGACGUUUUCAAAGAAAUAGUUGCAAAGAUUGUGACAUCGGAGUAUUAUUAUUAUUCCCAAUAUGGUGGUACAAUUGACGUAGGUGCCGGGGAAGAGACGGGUGCAUCAAAUUGCAUAUGUUGAUAUUUGUUUACAAUACACACUGUAUGUAAUUUUGUAAAAACAGUAUAUAUGUAAGUCAAGUAAUCAUCU